AUGACGGACAAGUCUCAAUUCCAAGAGGGCCACUCGGUCCCAGUGACGGACCAAAGCUUCCCGGGAAAGGAGGGAAACAUGCCCAACCCCACACCUCAGUUUGACCGAAUCCCGACCGGCGAUGGUGGUUCUAAGCUGUACCAAGCUGCCGGAAAGCUUGAAGGCAAGAAGGCCGUAAUUACCGGAGGUGACUCCGGCAUUGGCCGUGCUUCUGCCAUUCUCUUCGCCAUGGAGGGUGCCGACUCGCUCAUUGCCUAUCUCAAGGAGGAAGAGGAUGAUGCGCAAGAGACCAAGAAGCGUGUCGAAGCUUACGGCCGGAAAUGCUAUCUCCUGCCAACUGAUCUGACCGACCGUGGCAAUUGCCAGAAGGUUGUUGACACUGCCCUUGAGAAGAUGGGUGGCAUCGACAUCCUGUUCAACAACGCGGCGUACCAGAUGAUGAAGGAGAACAUCAAAGACCUCUCUGAGGAGCAAUGGAUUCACACAUUCAACACCAACAUCCACCCCUUCUUCUACUUGUCCAAGUACGCUCUUCCUCACAUGAAGAAGGGAUCGACCAUCAUCAACAACGCAAGCAUCAACGCCUACAUCGGCCGCCCAGACCUGCUCGACUACACAUCUACAAAGGGUGCCAUCAUCUCCUUCACCCGCGGUCUGAGCAACCAAUUUGUUGACAAGGGUAUUCGCGUGAACGCCAUUGCCCCUGGUCCUGUCUGGACGCCGCUCAUCCCCGCAACGAUGAACGAAGAGGCUCAGAAGCAGUUCACCGCCCCAAUGGGUCGUCCAGCCCAACCCUCUGAGAUUGCGACCUGUGUGGUGUUCCUCGCAUCCACCGACAGUUCAUGCAUCAGCGGCCAGACCAUUCACUGCAACGGUGGUACUAUCGUCAACGGUUAA